AACCAAGGACUAUUCCAUAAUCCAUUUCCCAAAGUAUCUCUCAUGGCCAGAGAUGAUCGUCUUCAUGCGUAACUUAUCAUCCCACGACUCUUACGCCAUUAGUCAUUCCUCUCUCUAACAAGCUUCUCCAACUCGAAACGCAGAGAAUGAUUUGUUUCUAGUAGUCACUGACGUCUUUCUCUCUAAGGCGGAAGGCAAAAUAUUGGUUAGUUUCUUUUCUCUUUAAGCCAGACAUUUGUUGACCGGAAGCUGAUUUUAGAAGCAAGAGAUUUAGUGAUAUAUUCAUAUAACAAAAUGGCUGUUGUUGGUUCUUUAUUGUUAUCCCGGGAUUUUGGAGUUCGUUUUGAUAAUGGACACAAUUAUAUGAUUAAGGGUACUAUAGGGAGUGGACGAUUGCCUUUACUGGGUCUUCUGUCAUCCUGUGAUUCGCGAAGGGAUUUUUGGAGUCUUCAAUACUUGAAUGGUAUUAGUGGUUCAAAGUUAUCAUCAAGAUGCAGAAGUUUUCAAUGCCAAUCUUUUUUGUUACCAAAUGGAGCUAAUGGUAUAUCUGCUCUCAGAACUGCUUCAACUUUGUUAAACAGGUCUUUUUGUGCUUUACGAGAACACCCCGUGGUGUUUCAGUUGGCUACAGCAGUUGGCAUGAUUGCGUUUGCUGUUUGGGGUAUUAGACCACUAAUGCGGUUAAGUAGGAUAAUCCUUCAGAGUGAUAAUAGCCGGGAAAAUAGCAGCACAAAUCAUGUAAUGACUUCAUACGUUCAGCCAAUUAUUCUCUGGGCUGGAGUUACCCUUAUAUGCAGAGUAUUAGAACCAGUUGUUUUACCUUCAGUGACAAGCCAGAUUGUUAAGCAACGACUUCUAAAUUUUGUCAAGUCAUUGUCCAUGGUGCUCGCAUUAGCAUACUGCAUGUCAAGCUUGAUUCAACAAGCACAAAAAUUCUUUAUGAAGACAAAUGACCCAAGUGAUGGGAGAAAUAUGGGUGUGCAGUUUGCUGGAAAAGCUAUUUAUACUGCGGCAUGGGUUGCCGGUGUUUCCUUGUUCAUGGAAUUGCUUGGUUUCUCCACUCAGAAAUGGCUUACUGCUGGGGGUCUUGGUACGGUAUUGCUGACCCUUGCUGGCCGUGAGAUAUUCACAAACUUUCUUUCCAGUGUGAUGAUCCAUGCAACUAGACCAUUUGUUUUAAAUGAAUGGAUUCAAACAAAGAUUGAAGGCUAUGAAGUUUCUGGUACAGUCGAGCAUGUAGGUUGGUGGUCACCAACCAUUAUCAGAGGUGAUGAUCGAGAAGCAAUUCAUAUACCUAAUCACAAAUUCACAAUGAGUGUUGUGAGAAACCUUAGUCAGAAGACUCACUGGCGAAUCAAGACCCAUCUUGCUAUCAGUCACUUGGAUGUCAACAAGAUUAAUAAUAUUGUGGCUGAUAUGCGUAAAGUUUUGGCCAAAAAUCCUCAGGUGGAACAACAAAGAUUGCAUAGAAGAGUAUUCUUGGAAACCAUUAAUCCUGAGAAUCAAGCUCUUAUGAUAUUGAUAUCUUGCUUUGUGAAAACAUCACAUUUUGAGGAGUAUCUCUGUGUGAAGGAAGCAAUAUUACAAGACCUUCUAAGAGUUAUUAGCCAUCACCGAGCUCGACUUGCUACACCUAUCCGCACUGUCCAGAAAGUAUACGGUGAAGCUGAUAUCGAUAAUGGUCUGUUUUCUGAUUCCAUAUUCAGCCGUUCCCCAAGACCCGCCAGCAGAAGACCAUUACUCUUGAUAGAACCCUCUUACAAAAUCAACUCCGACGAUCGAUCCAAGUCUUCAUCUCCUUCAAUUCGCUUAAACAACGAAGACUUUAAAGAUUCAAAGCUUGAGUCUCCCCCAUCAUCUGACGAAUCAACAAUCCCAGAUGCCCCCAAACCCGACAACAAUAACAACAAUAAUAAUAAUUCCCCUGUUCCAAACUUAAACUCGAACUCAAAGCCAAAAAUGCCUAUACCUACUACCACAAGUUCUUCAAGUCAGGGAAAUGAGAAGCUUCAAGUAGGUAAGAACCAGGCUGCUGUUGAGAAACCAGGUCCAAAAUCAGAAUCUGUUUCUUCUUCUUCUUCUUCAAGGUCUAGUUUGGAGGAUAAUAUUGUUUUGGGUGUUGCAUUGGAAGGCUCCAAAAGAACUCUUCCCAUAGAGGAAGAAACAUCAGCAACAACAACAGCCUCACCUAUGGAAUCAAAAGAGAUGGCUGCGGCCUGUCGAAAUGGUGGUAAUAACGGGAAAGAUGAAAAAGAUGACACUAAUACUAAUAAUAUUUCACAAGAUCUUAGAGACAAAGAAAACCGCCAUGUCAAUCAGGUUGGUCCUUUGUGACUAAAUAUGCAAAUCAUGUGAAUCUUGAUAGUAAGUAGAUUCUCUUUUAAUGUAUUUAUGCUUGUAACACUACUUUCAUCAAAAUAUUAAUAGAAUGUUCAUACUUUUCAAGCAAAAAUAAGUAUUGUAGUUUGAUCUCA